GUGAACUCUGUUCCUCCACCUGGAACACAAGUAUUACAUAUAACAAUAUUUACACACGUAUUGCUUACACGCUCUUCUGAGCAAAGUUUCAACUAACAUUUCCUUCUCACAACAGGUGAACUCUGUUCCUCCACCUGGAACACAAGUAUUACAUAUAACAAUAUUUACACACGUAUUGCUUACACGCUCUUCUGAGCAAAGUUUCAACUAACAUUUCCUUCUCACAACAGGUGAACUCUGUUCCUCCACCUGGAACACAAGUAUUACAUAUAACAAUAUUUACACACGUAUUGCUUACACGCUCUUCUGAGCAAAGUUUCAACUAACAUUUCCUUCUCACAACAGGUGAACUCUGUUCCUCCACCUGGAACACAAGUAUUACAUAUAACAAUAUUUACACACGUAUUGCUUACACGCUCUUCUGAGCAAAGUUUCAACUAACAUUUCCUUCUCACAACAGGUGAACUCUGUUCCUCCACCUGGAACACAAGUAUUACAUAUAACAAUAUUUACACACGUAUUGCUUACACGCUCUUCUGAGCAAAGUUUCAACUAACAUUUCCUUCUCACAACAGGUCAACUCUGUUCUUCCACCUGGGGGGGUGCCAUAUGUUCCACCAAGCAUUCCAUCCAACGAGGUAACUACGUUUUGUAGCACGUUCAGAAAACAAUGCAACAUUUCUAAACUAUGUUUUUCUUCAUGCAGAAAAUUGAUCCGGGUCCUGGUUAUCCUCCAAUGAAUAACUCUCAACCUCCACCACCAAGAGUAAGAAUUUCAACGUCAGAAUUCUCGUCAAUGCUAACGAGCUAAAAUAGUGAAAUACUGAACUGAUCUCUUUUCAUAUUGAUUACUUUAAUGCAUUCAUAUUUUGUUUUCUAGGAAAACAUUUACACGCCUUACCCGCCAUCAAAUGGUAAGUUAAAAUGUCUGACCUAUAACUCACGAAAUGUUUGACUCCACCAAACACCACAGGUUUUCUCCGGGCAUUCCGCUUUCCUCCUGUAGUAACACUGGGUCAAUAAAAGAUAAUUCUUACUGGACCUCUAGGGAGAACAGUUUAGAACUGAUAGAACUACCCAGUAUAAAUAAAUUUAAUUUAGGUUUCUUCCUGUAGUAACACUGGAUCAAUAAGAGAUGAUCCUUACUGGACCUCUAGGGAGAACAGUUCGGAACUGAUAGAGUUAGCCAGUAUAAAUAAAGUUAGUUUAGUUUAGGUUUCUUCCUGUAGUAACACUGGAUCAAUAAGAGAUGAUCCUUACUGGACCUCUAGGGAGAACAGUUCGGAACUGAUAGAGUUAGCCAGUAUAAAUAAAGUUAGUUUAGUUUAGGUUUCUUCCUGUAGUAACACUGGAUCAAUAAGAGAUGAUCCUUACUGGACCUCUAGGGAGAACAGUUCGGAACUGAUAGAGUUAGCCAGUAUAAAUAAAGUUAGUUUAGUUUAGGUUUCUUCCUGUAGUAACACUGGAUCAAUAAGAGAUGAUCCUUACUGGACCUCUAGGGAGAACAGUUCGGAACUGAUAGAGUUAGCCAGUAUAAAUAAAGUUAGUUUAGUUUAGGUUUCUUCCUGUAGUAACACUGGAUCAAUAAGAGAUGAUCCUUACUGGACCUCUAGGGAGAACAGUUCGGAACUGAUAGAGUUAGCCAGUAUAAAUAAAGUUAGUUUAGUUUAGGUUUCUUCCUGUAGUAACACUGGAUCAAUAAGAGAUGAUCCUUACUGGACCUCUAGGGAGAACAGUUCGGAACUGAUAGAGUUAGCCAGUAUAAAUAAAGUUAGUUUAGUUUAGGUUUCUUCCUGUAGUAACACUGGAUCAAUAAGAGAUGAUCCUUACUGGACCUCUAGGGAGAACAGUUCGGAACUGAUAGAGUUAGCCAGUAUAAAUAAAGUUAGUUUAGUUUAGGUUUCUUCCUGUAGUAACACUGGAUUGAUAAGAGAUGAUCCUUACUGGACCUCUAGAAAGAAGAGUUUAAAACUGAUAGAGCUAUCCAGUAUAAAUAAAGUAGUUUAGUUUAGUUUAGUUAUACGAGCUUCUUUAGGACAGUGAUAAAUACUAAUGAAAACUUAAAUAAGUCAGUACUAAAACAACCCUGUUAUUCCAGCUCCACCAACAGGACCAAGUAUUAAUAUCAGGCCAACAGGACCAAGUAUUAAUGUCAACAAUCUACCAAAUGACCCCGACCUCCCUGAUGUUCCUACAGGAUCCCUACCUGGCGGCUCAAGCACAGUCGGUGGAGCCAGCGGUGGUGACGACCUUGACUUUGAUGAUCUAAACAGAAGAUUUGAGGAACUGAAAAAGAAAAAAUGA